AUGGUACUUUUACAUGGAAAAUUAGUUGUUGCAGAUAGAUCUAGAGCCACAUGGCUAGGCAUGGAUAUGUACUGUAUUGUCUAUGACGUAACAAACAGAAAUUCAUUCAAAAGUUGUGGCAUGUGGAUAGAACGGCUUAAUCAAUCGCGUGGUGAUCAUAAUAUUUUUGGUGUACUAGUCGCCAAUAAGAUCGAUAAAGAUAGUUAUCGUGUAGUAUCAACUCAAGAAGGAAAACAACUGGCUGAUACUAGAAAAAUAGCUUUUUUUGAAUGCUCAGCGAAAGACAACAAGGGUAUUUCAGAAUUAUUUAAAUAUCUGGCAAGUGAUUUUUUAAAACGUUAUAAAGCACGUACCAAACAAUUGGAGAAGAUAGCACGUGACAAUAUUUGA